UCGGGGACUGUCAGUCAAUUACAGGCAUCUUCAGCUUCAUUCACACAUUUAUUAGCAUGCGCAGUGAAGGAGAAAUUCAUUCAUAAAAAAAGUUCAUUCAUGAAAAUUGCAACAGCCUCAGCAGCCUCUUGUGCUGCAGACCACAGUGAUAAUGACCUGGCUUUUAAAGCACAGUCUUAAAUGAAUGAAUAUCUCGGUAGUGAGAGAAGCUGCCUGCAGUGUGUGUUUUUGAGAUUUAAUGUCGGUAAUGGGGUGGUUGUGGAAUAUUUCACUGGACUUCAUGGUCAGGCUGAAGGAGAACAGUGGUCAGAGGAAUCAAGACUGAACAGACACUACAGGAACAGCAGACUGUGUGACAACUGAUACAGGAAGACUGCAGUGGCUGCGAGAGGCUGAGGGUCUGUCUUCAGCAGCUUUUGUUACCACCUCUGGCUAUGAGAGAACAUACCCACCUCAGCCUCAGGGGAAACGUAUUGCAUGUUGGACUCUUCGGACAAGCAGGCAUGCUUCACAGGACCAAGUACAGCCGUUUCCGCAACGAUUCCGUCACCUCCCUGGAUGAGGGCACGCACGGCACUGCCCUGCCUGCGGGAGCCAAAUCUCCCCCUGUGCCUUCUUCUUCUCCCUCUACCUGCCUGGCACCAGUGCCCACUCCGCCUGCUCCACACUGCUCCCUGGACUCCCCUGGGGAAGGCAACACCACACUCUGCGCCUUCAUCCCCAAGAUGGCGAACAUCAAACUCUCCAACCCCGCUGCUCUGCUUGGACUGAAGAGCCUGACUCUGGCCUCCAGAGAGGUGCCCAGAAGCAAAGUGGGCAGUGGAGGCGUGACCCAGGGUGGCCAGGCCGACCCGGAGAUCAGGCUGACGAGCUACCUGGCCGCCUCCUCUCCUCUUGGACAGGGCAUUGCCGUGGAAAAGGUCAACUCGGAGGUCGGCAGCAGUCCACCCCAAGGGGAAAUGGUGCCCAGAAUUGAGGGUCUGCCCUCCUUAAGCAGCUCAGUGGUAGGAACAGAAUGUUUGGGGCAGGACAUCCUGGAAAGUGGACUAACCUACUACAUAAAGUACGUUGGCUGUGUGGAAGUGCUGCAGUCAAUGAGGAUGCUAGACUUUGGAACAAGAACACAGGUCACAAGGGAAGCCAUCAGCCGGCUGUGUGACGCUGUGCCAGGGGCAAAAGGAGCUGCCAGAAAGAAGAAGCUUCCAAGCAAGGGACUGUCUGCGGUUUUAGGCAAAAGCAAUAUGCAGUUUUCGGGAAUGAAUGUUAAACUGACAAUCUCAACAAACAGCCUGAGUUUAACUACAGUUGACACUCAGCAGAUUGUUGCCUACCACCAUAUGCAGUCCAUUUCGUUUGCCUCCGGAGGAGAUCCUGAUACAACGGAUCAUGUUGCUUACGUCGCCAAAGAUCCUGUUAAUCAACGAGCUUGCCAUAUUCUGGAAUGUCCUGAAGGACUGGCACAGGAGGUUAUAAACACUAUAGGACAAGCUUUCGAACUUCGCUUCCGGCAGUUCCUGAAUCAUCCAUCUUCUCUUAUUUCAGCAAAGCAAAGCAGAGCCGAGGAAGCUGACAGCAGUGCCUGGGCUCCGGAGAGUGGCGAGAUCCAUGAGUAUUACAACGAAAUCCCAGGCAAAGACCCGCCCCCAGGUGGGAUACUGGACAUGAGAAUUAAGGUGGCAACCAUCCACAGCCCGCAAGGCCACAGUCGGGCAGAAAAAGAUGAGCUGAAAUGGGCUGGCAGCCCACAGCACCUCAAUGUGUAUGAAAACUGUUCGCUGGCACAAAAGCAGCUCUUUCCUGCUGCAGAGUCCACGGCGCCCGAGUACAGCGGCCCUCUGUCCAGCGUGCUCCAGCACCUGCAGGGCCGGCUGCAGGAGGAGGUGUGGUACCACGGCAGGCUGAGCAGGAGGGAGGCGGAGAGCCUGCUCAGCGACAGCGGCGACUUCCUGGUGCGGGAGAGCAGCUCCUCCCCAGGCCAGUAUGUGCUGAGCGGGCUCCAGGGGGACACUGCCAGACACCUGCUCCUGGUGGAUCCAGAGGGAAUGGUUAGGACAAAGGAUCACAUUUUUAACAGUGUGGGACAUCUUAUUCGCUACCAUAUGGACAAUCAACAGCCAAUUGUCUCUUCCGGAAGUGAGCUCUGCCUGAAGCAGCCCGUUGUACAGAAGCAAUAGUGACCAUGGACAUGGAUUCAAAGCAAAUGUGAACUAAAACAAAAAACAAUGUUGAACUGUGUUCUCUUUCCUUGCAUGGUCACCCUCACCAUAGUGGAUCCUUCCCAUCUCUGGGCACUAUGAUUAUAUACAUGCUGCACAAUCCGGGCUCAAUCAUUCAAGUGAAAAGACGUCUGAAAGCACAACUUUUUAGCUGUACAGCUUGUUGGCUGACUUUGAUUUCAGUGCUGGUGAAAUUGUCUUUUACAAAUGUGCCUUGAUGCAUUCAUUGUUAGAUUAAAAGGAUAGAGUGGAAAAAGUUAAUGUUUUACCACAUUUUUUUUUAAAAGAUGUAUUUUGUAGCAGCUUAUAAUUCUGUUCAUUCUUAAAACCAGUUGCCAAAUUUCUAUAAGUGCUGUAUAGGAGGUUAGUCAACUUGAUUAUUAUUUUUCAGUGCACUUUCUUAAUACUGUUUUCCUGUAUUUAAUACACAAAUGCAGUAUUUUACUUCAUUGCUGCAUUGCAGGCAAUUUAUAUUUUAAUGGCUUGUUUUCCUGUUUGGAGUUUUAGCAGUUAACCUAAACGUAAGUUGUGUCUUUAAAUGAGCAAGCAUAACGGUCUUGUAAACAGACCCAAAAAGCUAAGUUCUAAAGGAAAAUUGUAGCUGAGCGUUUCCUUUUUAGAAAGCGUGUGCAUUUACCCUUGUUCAGUUAAAAUUGAUUCUAUUUCAAGUGGUGGAAACCACCAAAGGGCAAGGUUGUGGUGCAUGAAUAUUUUGUCAUAUUUAUUAAAAAUAAUAUGUGAAUAUUUUUUAUUACUGCUUGAUGAAUAGGGCACAUACAGUACAUUAUUUCAAUUUUGAGGCCACAUUCUUCUUAACGUUAAUUUUGUUUUGUGAAAAAUAAAAAGACUCCCAAACUAGUUCCAUGACUGUGAUUAAGAAAGGUUACAAAUGAAAGGAUGCUUAAUUGCCUCGACAUUUUUUAUGCUAAA